AUGAUUGCCUUGGACUGGACAAAAGAUGCUGAGCCUGUGGUUGGGAAGGAGAUUCAAGUUACCGUCUGCAACGAAGAGAAGGUCGUCUGCGGUGUAACAAAGCACACAACAUGUGCGGAUAUGAUUCAGGCUUUACUUGAGGACCACAAGACUCUUCCAGAAAGCAAACGGCUCAUGCACGGGGAUCCCAAAGACUUCUGUCUCGUUGAGAGGUGGAAAGGGUUCGAGCGAGCUUUGCCGCCCCUCACCAGAAUCCUGAGACUCUGGUAUGCUUGGGGUGACCAGAGACCUUUUAUACAGUUUGUGCUUGUAAAAACCAGUGAUUUUGUGCCACAUACAGCGAAGAAGGGCGGAAAAUACAAGGGGAUGAAGCCAAAACGAUGGGAUUCUAAUCCCACUCACGCUCAUCCCCUUCCAGCAGACAAACAAAAGCGUUUGGUAAAAAAGGCCUUCCGGAAGCUCGAGAAACUUCACAAGGAGAGCAGGAGCUCCCCGGGUGCUGAGGAGGUCAAACGGAUGGUGCAGCUCAUUCUCAACCAGGACCACACGAUCAGAGAACAGAUCCAGAGGAUGAGGGAUGUAGAUGUGGAGAUCGAGCAGUUUGAGCUGGAGAUGCAGAAACAAACAAACUCUGAGAUUUUCCUGCCUCCGGCAUGCGAUCAGAGUUUGGCGGCGCACAGCAAGGAGCAGCUGGAAAAGUAUUUGUAUACCAGCGAUGGUGUUGAGCAGCUGGACUUGCAGAUUCAGCUGCACCAGGAGUUUAUUCUCCAGCUGUCUCUGGACAUACACGCUGAGCUAAAAAGCUGUGACCUUCUGGUUCAGGACGAGAAAGGAGCUACAGCUGCUCCUCAGUUCCCGUUUGAAACUGAUGAGUUUUAUACGGCAGAUCUGGAGAGGCUGCAAGAAGAACUGAGACGCAGCCUCUUCAGUGGAGUGGCUCUUCAAAACCAAGCUGCAGAAAUCGACAAGCAGCUAAAGUCUGUCGACUGCUCGCUGGUUGCUAAGGAACAGGAGUGUUGGCAGCUGGCCUCCCAGCUCAACUCCAUCCAAAUCAUGGACUGCAUGGAGGAGCAGACGCCCGUGCUGGUCCCUUUGAAAAGCGAGGCUCAGUGCGGCGUGCCUCCUGCAGCAGCACUCAAACACUGCCUGUCGCCUCUGGAUGUGACAGACACUGACUCAGACACCGGGAUCAGCUCUACACACAGUCAGGACUCGCUGUCACCAAACCUCGACUUCCCUUCCCCUCUGGACUCUGAUGUUUGA